AUGAUAAAUUUACCAAUAAAUGUUACUACAACAAAUAAAUUUUCUACAUAUGAUACACAAGGUGCUAUGAUAUAUAUUCUUGGUAUUUUUAUAUGGUAUACUAUUGGAUUUAGUCUUAUACUUAUUAAUAAUAUUAUUCGACGAAAAGAUCAUUUUAAAGAAUAUAUACAUUCGAAUAUUUAUCAAUCAAUUCAUAAUUUACAUAAACAACAAAUACAAAAUAAUAUUUUAAUUGAACUUAAAGAUAAAGAUAAACGAAAAAAAUUAUGGGAAAUCUAUUAUGAUACUAAAAAACAAAAAAAAAAUAAAAAUAAACAAAUCGUUAAUUCAAUAAUAAAAUUGGUCAACAUUGUUGUUUAA